AUUACAUAAAUUAAACGCUCAAAGAAAGAGAAAAAAGAAGUGACAAAAUGAACAUCUUACAAAAGCUUAUGUCAAUGAUCAUGGCAAUAAUCCCUAGUUGGAUUUUAAUACCAUUUGUGAAAAUGUUUUUAGGAGGAUCAAUACUAUUCAAGGAUGAUCAGGCUAAUAUGGAUGGCAACGACACGGAGCUGCCAACGGAGCUUCGACACGAGCUAAUGCCACGGCACUUGGCCGUGAUAUUGGAUGGCAAUCGGAGGUGGGCUAAGCAAAGAGGUCUUAGCCCUAUCGGUGGUUACAUCCCUGGAGUUAAGAGUUUAGAUACCUUUCUUUCGUUGUGUUGCAAUUGGAAAAUUCCAAUUGUCUCACUUUUUGUGUUUUCCACGGAAAAUUGGCUUCGCCCUAAGGCGGAAACUGAUUUCUUGCUGGAGCUUUUGGAGCAAAAUUUACUACGAAUUUCUCGUAGUUAUGAAGGACGAAUCUCAGUGAUUGGUGAUACAUCUUUACUGCCCAAUUCCUUACAAAAAGCAAUUCAACUUAUUGAAGAAAAAACAAAAGACAACACCAAAAUUCAUCUAAUUUUAGCAAUAAGUUAUAGUGGCCAAAAUGAUAUUGUUCAUGCUUGUCAAACUAUUGCUACCAAAGUUAAGGAUGGCCUUCUUCAACCCGAAGAUAUAACCAAGUCUUUGUUUGAGGAACAUCUUCGAACUAAGGUAACGGACGUUCCUGCUCCGGAUUUGCUCAUUCGAACAAGCGGCGAAUUACGUAUAAGUAACUAUUUUCUUUGGCAAUGUGCUUAUAGUGAAAUGUACUUCACUAAUACACUUUGGCCUGAUUUUGGAAAACAAGAGUUUAUUGAGGCUUUACGUUCAUUUCAACAAAGAGGGAGACGCUUUGGCAAAGUAUAAAUUUUGUUUAAUCAAUUGUAAUUAUAUUAUACUCUCUCUGUAUUUUAUUACUUGCUUUAUUUACACUUUUUACAUAUUUAUUUGACCUACUUUGAUUAAUGUUUGUAAUUUAUAAAUAAGAAGAGAUUUA